AUGUUACGAAAUCUGUCCAUCGUGCAGCAUGACUCACCACUCAUUCACCUCUCUUCCGCUCUCUUUCAAAGAGCCUCCAACAUGAUCCUUCAGUAUCCUUCUCUCCUUCCACCACAUUCAUUUCUUUUCAAUCCUUUCCUCAUUCAUACGGACAACAAGUUAUUCCAGAGACUCUCCAAUCACUCACUCUUGAGCCUCUCUCUAUUCAAAUCAAUAGGGACAUGUCGAGCAAAGUUUUCAAUGAGCACUCAUUCAUUCGAUGGCAUAACUGCAGCAAAUGCUUCAAUCAAAGAGGAUUCCAUUCAAACCAACACAAGGAAGAAAUAUUUAAAAUGGAAAUUCAUACUCUUGAGUUGUGCUGUUCCUGCAGUGAUUUGUAUUUUGUAUUCUGGCAUGAAAAUGGUGAAGAUAUGGAAACACAAUGUUUCAAAUGCAUUAUUGAUAGAAGAGGACUCUGCCAUGCAUACAACAUCUGCCAUGUCACAAAAAUUGAUUUCAAAUUCCAUCAAACACAUGCCAAUGAAAGAACAUGAUGAAUUAUCAGAGGGACAAAAUUAUUCUCUCGUGAAAGGAUUACUCUUCGAUGUAUUGAAAUUUCCAGUGACAUGCUGUUUGGUGGGUCUAAACAUUGUCAUUCUAUUGGUCUUCCGAUAA